AUGUCUUCUGAGAGAGAAACCAAGACCUUCCUUGCCCGGCUCUGUGAGCAGGCUGACCGAUACGACGAGAUGGUCAACUACAUGAAGGACGUCGCUAAGUCCGGUGAGGAGCUUACUGUCGACGAGCGAAAUCUGCUUUCCGUCGCUUACAAGAACGUUAUCGGCGCUCGACGAGCCAGCUGGAGAGUCAUUUUCCCCAUAGAGCAGAAGGAGGAGGCCAAGGGUGCCACCCACCAUCUCGAGCUUCUCAAGACCUACAGAGCCAAGAUUGAGGCAGAGCUCGAAGACAUCUGCAGCGAUGUUCUUGAUAUCCUCACCAACCACCUCCUCCCCAAGGCCGAGAACGCCGAGUCUAAGGUCUUCUACUACAAGAUGAAGGGUGACUACCAUCGAUACCUUGCCGAGUUCACCUCCGGCGAGAAGCGAAAAGAGGCUGCCACUGCCGCUCACGAGUCAUACAAGAGCGCCACUGAUGUUGCCCAGACUGAGCUCAGCUCAACUCACCCCAUCCGACUUGGUCUCGCUCUCAACUUCUCCGUCUUCUACUACGAGAUUCUCAACUCGCCAGACCGUGCUUGCCACCUUGCCAAGCAGGCUUUCGAUGAUGCCAUCGCUGAGCUCGACACUCUCUCCGAGGAGUCUUUCCGAGACUCUACCGUCAUUAUGCAGCUUCUGCGAGACAACCUGACCCUCUGGAAGAACGACCUCGAAGAGUCUCUGCAAGCCCAGCAGUCUGAGGAGACCCCUGCCACCGAUGCUGCCGCUGCUUCCACCGAGGCUGCUGCCCCCAAGGAGGAGGCCAAGCCCGCUGCUGAGGAGCCCAAGGAGUAG